AUUGCUGCUAUUUUCUGGGCAUCAGGCCCAAUUUCUGCUUCGCUCUGUCUGAGUCCACACCACAUCCUGCGUGCUGCACCCGAAGAUGGAGCCUGUGUGGAUGAACACACCCAAACCCAGAGCGCUGGCAGGAUCAGGGGCCGUGCGAGCGCCGGGGCUGGCAGCGAUAGCAGCGACAGGAGCAGCGACAGCAGCAGCAAUAGGAGCAGCAUGCGUGCGGCCACCGAGGCUCAGGGCGCCACAACCACCUAAGGAACCCUCCGGAGCCUCCUCCUCCUCCUCCUCCUCAUCUGCCCCCGGCUGAAACUUCCCUCUCCGGGCUUUCCCGGGGCUGGGGGCAGCUCGGCAGCCACAGCCGCAUGCAUGACACUCCGCAAAGGAGAGAAAAUGACCAUAAGUAUCCAGGAGCACAUGGCCAUUGACGUCUGCCCCGGCCCCAUCAAACCCAUCAAGCAGAUCUCCGAUUACUUCCCCCGCUUCCCCCGCGGGCUCCCCGCCGCCGUCGGCCGCAGCAGCAGCGGCGCCCCUCGCCCCGCGCCCAGCCAGACCUCGGGCAGCCCCUCCGAGCAUCCCCGCGACGAUGAGGAGGAUGUGGACCAGCUCUUCGGAGCGCACGGAGCGACGCCCGCCGAGCAGCCGGCCAGGAGCCAAGCGCCCGAGGAGCUGGUGGACCCCGAGGGCUACGAGUCGGACGAUUGCACCGCGCUGGGGACGCUGGAUUUCAGCUUGCUCUACGACCAGGAGAACAACGCUCUGCACUGCACCAUCAACAAAGCCAAGGGCCUGAAGCCAAUGGACCACAAUGGUUUGGCUGAUCCUUAUGUCAAGCUGCACUUGCUCCCCGGGGCCAGCAAGGUGAGAAACCUUUUCAUUCUCCUUCCUUUCCUGGGGCUCCACCUUCUCAUUGGAAAUCAGGCCUGGGAGAAGCUCCUGAGCCAAGGGCUGUGGGCUGCUGCACCCAGAGCUGCUGCCUCCCCCCAGCUGGCCUCAGCAUUUUGGCAGGGGAGGAGGAUCUGGAGGUUCAAGGGGCUCAGUCACCCACCCCACCCUGGCUCUGCUCAGGAGCUGCAGCCACUGAUGUCCCCGCCCGUGUUCUCCUGCCCUCCUCACUGGGACCCACUCUGGUCUCCUUGCAGUUACUUGAAACCAGAUGAGGACAAGAAAUCCAAGCACAAGACAGCAGUGAAGAAGAAAACGCUGAACCCCGAGUUCAAUGAGGAGUUUUUCUACGAGAUAAAGCACGGUGACCUGGCAAAGAAGACCCUGGAAGUCACAGUGUGGGACUAUGACAUCGGGAAAUCCAACGAUUUCAUAGGCGGAGUCGUGCUGGGGAUCAAUGCCAAAGGGGAGCGGCUCAAGCACUGGUUCGACUGCCUGAAGAACAAGGACAAGAAGAUCGAGCGCUGGCACACGCUGACCAAUGAGCUGCCGGGCGCCGUGCUCAGCGACUGAGCCCCGCGGCUCCACAGCCUUGGGCUCCUCCCAGCUUUGGAUUUGGGGGAUCCCAGGACAGCCAGGACAGCAGGACACCCCCAGCAGGGCCUGGCUGCAGGGAAGCCCUUCCCAGGGAAGAAGGCACAGGUGGUUUGCUCUGGCGUCUCCAGAACGCCUCUUCGCGCCCUGCCGCACUCGCAGCCCCGCUCUGCAGCGUGCACUGCACACCCACACUCGCACUCACGCAGGUGUGCGCCCCUGCAUGCACUGCAGUCUGGCUCCUCUCCCAAAUCCUGCCUCUACUCACAGUUUACCUUCUCGCUGCCUUGCAAGUCAGUGGCAAAAAAAAAAAAAAAAA